AUGGGACCAGAGCGAUCUUUCGCUCGGUGGUUCAAGGCAAACGGACAUGGCUUCAUCCAGUAUGAAGAUACCACCUCGGUGCCCGACCUCGUUGGCAGUGCGCACGGAAUAGUGCUCGACUUGGGCGCAGGAAUUGGCAACCAAAUACAACGAUUUGACAAAGCCAAGGUCCAACACAUUUUCGGCGUGGAGCCCAACACCUCCUUUGCGGCGGUCCUCACCGACCGUAUCAAGGAGCUGGGCUGGGAGGGCAAAUACACGCCGGUUUUCUGCGCCGUUGAGGACGCUACCGAGCUGAAGAAGCACGGGAUCGUGCCCGGCAGCGUUGACUGCGUCGUGUGCAUGCAGGUUCUGUGCUCGGUCGACAAGCCAGCAGCCGUCGCUCGCGAGCUGUACAGCCUCCUGAAGCCAGGCGGAGAGCUACUUUUCUGGGAGCAUCAUCGUAGUACCGAUCGAUUGACUCGGAUAUUUCAAUGGCUCUGGAGUUCGGUCUGGUCCCUGUCUCUGGCAGGCUGCCGCCUUGAUCGGCCUGUCAAGGACGCUUUCCUCCGCGCAGGCGAUUGGGAGCUUGUGCAGAUUGACGAGGAUAAAGACGGGGCAUUGAUCAUGCCCCGUGUCUGGGGCAAACUUGUGAAGCGCAGUGUGUGA